AUGGCGGCCAUCAAGCGGCCAUCCUUGGCAUGGGAAGAUGUUCGACUUUUCUGUUUGCCGGUAGAGAGGAGGCGAGUGGAGAUUGGAUUCCAGUUGCCAAAACCACCUGAACCACCAUCAGUAGAAGUGGAAUAUUACACUAUUGCUGAGUUCCAGUCCUGUAUAUCUGAUGGGAUAAGUUUCCGUGGAGGUCAAAAGGCUGAUGUAAUUGAUAAGAAUUCUGGUGGCUGGUGGUAUGUCCAGAUUGGUGAAAAAGAAGGAUGGGCACCCUCCUCCUAUAUUGACAAAAGAAAGAAACCAAAUUUAAAUCGGAGGACUAGCACUUUGACAAGACCCAAAGUUCCACCACCUGCUCCACCAACAAAACCCAAAGAUCCAGAAGAAGUUUCAGCCACUAGUAUUGUCUGCUCUGGGGAGUCUAAGGGCUCUCCUUUAAAGACAAAAUAUGAAGAACCAGAAUAUGAUGUUCCAGCUUUCACUUUUGAAGUAUUGUCUGAUGGAAAUGAUUCCAUUUCUCAAACACUUUUAGAGGAUGAAAUUUUUGAAAGUAUGUUUCAGCCUUCAAAGCCUUCUCCAGUAUCUUCACUUCAGAGACCAAAGUUUAAAGUUGGGGCAUCCAGUGAAGAUCUGACUAACGAGGAAGAAACUAUUUAUGAAAAUGAUGGAUUCCGUCCUUUUGUGGAUGACUCUGCGUCAAAUAAGGAGUCAAGUGGAGACUCUGAUUCACAGAGAAGCUCCAUAGUAAUUCAGAAAUGUUCACCUACUGCAACCACUUCAAGACCACCACUUCUAAAAUAUAAAAUGGAAAGAAAUGUCCAGCAAGAAACAGGAAAGAAUGUAUCCUUCUCAACAAAUGACCAACAAAAAACAAGAUCUGUUUCAGAUGCUAGUGUACGUUCGCUGCCAAAGGUUGCAACCAAAAAAGAACCUGAGCAAAAACCUGCAAUUUUACCAUCAACUAAAGCCAAACCAUCUGUUAGACCCAAACCCUUCUUAAAUAAGACUGAUCCCCAAAGCCAGGAAAAAAUGGACAUUAGCACAUUGCGAAGGCAACUGAGACCAACAGGACAGCUGAAAAGUGGGCUUAAAGGUUCAAAAAGUGAAGAAUCUGAAAGUCCACCAAAAUGUGCGUCUGACAACAUUGAAAGCCCACCAAGAAGAAGCUCAGUAGAUAUUACGCCUACUUCCACCAACUCUUUUAUAUGCUCAGGUAACAAAGACAAACCUGGAGAAAACGAUGACAAAAAAUUCUAUACAGCUUCAAGUACUUAUCAGAAAGUCAUGGACACCGAAAUUAGCUUCCCUGCAGGAGCAAAAGUAGAAGUCCUGGAAAAACAAGAUAGUGGUUGGUGGUAUGUAAGAUUCAAAGAUUCGGAAGGGUGGGCACCAUCUCAUUUCCUAGAACAAGUAGAUAAUAAGCAACUUGACACCUCUGUGCCUGAGCCUGAAUCUACCAAAUGUAGAAAAAAUGAAAAUAAAUCCAACAGUCUGGAAAAGAUAGAAAAAAGAGUUCAGGCACUAAAUACUAUUAACCAGACCAAAAGAACACCCCCAGUUCCUUCCCGUCCCCCAGGUGGAUUCUCUAAACCUACAAUGCUAGGAAACAAUGUUGUGAAGUUAAGAAAUGGAGUGAAACAAGUUGCUGUAAGACCUCAGUCAGUGUUUGUUUCCCCACCCCCUAAGGAAAACAAUAUUUCUUCCCAUUUGCGUAGGAAUGAAUCGCUUUCAGCUACUGAUCAUUUGAGGUCUGUUCGGAGAAACUCCUCCUUUAACACUGUUCGUAGUCAAGCCAAUGAGUCAAAAUUAAAGCAGGCUGAUAAAACAGAAUCUGAGACCUCACAGACAGAACAAUCGGUCAGGUCUCCACAACGGAAUGGAAUACCAGUGUCAACAGUCCGACCAAAGCCCAUUGAGAAAUCUCAGUUUAUCCACAAUAACCUUAAAGAUAUUUAUAUCUCUAUUGCUGAUUAUGAAGGAGAUGAUGAAACUGUUGGAUUUGAAGAAGGUGUUUCCAUGGAAGUUUUGGAGAAGAACCCAAAUGGAUGGUGGUACUGCCAUAUCCUUGAUAGUGUUAAACCUUUUAAAGGAUGGGUGCCUUCAAACUAUUUAGAGAAAAAGAACUGAUGCUCUUUUGUAUGGAAACAUUAAUUUAAAACUAAAUUCUUCUAAGACAUUCUUGACAUAUUUUCAUAAUUUAAAAAUAUGACUGAGCGUUUGUAUAUGUCAAAAGCCAGCUAUAUGGGCUCUGUGUUGGUAAUUAGGAUGGAGAAACCUUAUUUUUAUAUGAAAAAAGCAGAAAGGAGCCUUUAUAUGGGCAAUCUUUGUUAAAAAAA